UUGGUAGAGCCCAGUUCCUGUCUGUUCUUGGGUUCUCUCUAUGGUGCUGGGUGGACGAUACCAUUGAACAGGGAAGCGGGGGUGCACUGCCGGUGUCCACGGAGGGUGACAGGAAGAUGGCGCAGGCUCUGUCUGAGGACGAGUUUCAGCGGAUGCAGGCUCAGCUCCUGGAGCUCCGGACCCAGAACUACCAGCUGUCUGACAACCUGCGCAAAAACAACCAGGAGCUUGCAUCUCUCCGUCAGAAACACGUGUCCCUGGAGAAAGAUUUUCAGAAGGCGCAGAAGGCCCUCAGUAAAAGCAAGAAAGCCCAGGAGGUGGAAGCAUUGCUGGGCGAGAAUGAGAUGCUCCAAGGAAAGCUCCACAGUCAGGAGGACGACUUCAGGCUGCAGAACAGCACGUUGAUGCAGGAGCUAUCCAAGCUGUGUUCCCAAAUUGAGCAACUGGAAACCGAAAACGGGCAGCUGAAGGAAGGCGUUCCGUCUCAGGAGGGCGUCCCCGUGGCCGAGGAAGGCGAGCUGAGAAGACUUCAGGCUGAGAACACUGCACUUCAGAGGACUAUUGGCUCUCUUCAAGAACGACACGAGAAGGAAAUAGCGUCGCUGAGGAGCCAAGAAACACAGGCCAGUAGUGUCCGCCCCUCACGUACAGGCCCAGAGAGCGAGGCCCAGGAUGCACAGACAGAUGGACAGGCCCUCGUACAGCAGGAUGGCGAGCAGGCUGGGAGCUGGGAGCUGAGAGACGACAAUCUGCAGGGUGUAACGCUGAAACUGGCGACCCAGACGGAAGAGAACAAACUGCUGAGGGACAAGAUAAACACCCUCCAGGGGGAGAUCUCCAGGCAUCAAGAAGAAAACACCAAGAUAUCUGAAAAGUUAAAGAAGAAACAUGACAGCUAUCUACGUCUCCAAACGGACAAGGAAGCCCUGUACAACGACAGCAGAACGAAAAUAGAGGAAAUCCAGCAGAGGAAAGAGGAAGAACUGAAAGCUUCCGCCUUACGGAACCAGAAGUUGCAGCAGGACCUGAAUGCCGCUCAGCAGGUCUGUGCUGAUCUGAAGGAGCAGAUCCAGAGCUUGAAACAAGACCAUGGGAAGUCCCUUCAAGGACUACAGGAGCAGGUAGCGUGGCAAAGUGCGGAGAGCCAGGAGCAGGUUGACAACAUUUUGUCAGAGAACGAUGCCCUGCGUACCAACCUAGCGGCCUUGGAGCAGAUUCAGACAUCCAGAACCCAGGAGCUAAGUUUAUUACGGGACCAAAGUGCGGCUCUGACGGCAGAACUUCAGCAGCUGCAGAAUGAGAAGGAGGCUCUGCUGGCCCAGAGAGAAGACCUUAAAACUCAGCUGCAGGAGUCCAGCCGUGCGAAUGGCCGCCUGCUGGAGCAGCUGCAGGAACAGAAACAGGAGAUUCAGCAGCUGCAGCAGGAUCUGGAAGAAGCCCGAAAGAGCGCUGAUAAGCGAAAAGGCAUGUUGGAUGAGAUGGCCAUCGAAAUGCAACAGGAGAAGGCACGGCACAAAGAAGAGGUGGGCAAUAUUAAGCUCCAGCAUGAGAAGGAGGUCCUAAGCAUCAGAGCCAAGUACGAGAAGGAACUGAGGGAGCUUCACGAAGAGAAGAACCGCGGCGAGGAAGAUCUGAGAGGUCAGCUGAGGGAUGAGAAGGCUCGAAUUCGGGAGUUGGAAGGAUUGCAGCAAACAACAGAAGAACUGCGCUUACAGAUUCAGUCAAUAGAAGGAACCAAAGGCUGGUUUGAGCGGCGACUAAAGGAGGCAGAAGAGACCAUUGAAAAGAACCAGUUGAAACAUGAAGAAGAUUUGGCCAAACUGCGAAAGGAGCAUUCUGCUGAUCUUCAGGCGAAAGAACAGGAGCUGGAGACGCUGACAGAACAAAUAACGUUUUCUGAGAAGGACAAAGAAAGUCUCAAUGAAACAAUAGAGCGGCUAAAGCAGGAUGUAAAGGAUACCGCUGAUGGACAGAGAAUCCUGGAGAAGAAGGGAAGUGCAGCUCUUAAAGAUCUGAAAAGACAGUUGCACCUGGAGAGAAAGAGGGCGGAUAAACUGCAGGAACGUCUCCAAGAGAUUCUCACCAAUAGUAAAACCCGGACAGGUUUGGAGGACUUGGUACUGGCCGAAAUUAGCUCUCCCAGCCGGACCCAGACGGGCGAUAGCAGCAGCGUCUCCUCCUUCAGCUACCGAGAGAUCAUGAAGGAGAACGCAACCCCCAGCAGCAAUAAGUCUAACAGCGGAAGCCCCCAGUCCCAGCCGCAGAGACCGGCCGAGCUGUCAGAUGAUGAGAUGUCCGACCUGUUCCAGAGAUUAGCCGAAAUCCAGCAGGAAAAAUGGUUGCUGGAAGAAAAGGUGAAGCACUUAGAAGUGAGCAGCGCGUCUAUGGCCGAGGAUCUGUGCAAGAAGAGCGCCAUCAUUGAGGCAUACGUCAUGGACAGCAGGAUCGAUGUGUCGGCCAUCCACGGGCAGGUAGAUCGCAGCAGCCUCAGCAGCGUCCUCAGAGAUCUGGUCAAACCGGGCGACGAGAACCUGAGGGAGAUGAACAAGAAGCUGCAGAACAUGCUGGAGGAGCAGCUCACCAAGAACAUGCACCUGCAGAAGGACCUUGAAGCUCUGUCCCAGGAGAUUGUCCGACUAAGCAAAGAAUGUGUGCCUGCACAUGGGAGCCCCCAGACCCCCUCCAAAAGCUGAAACCAGGACUGCGGCUUUAUUUCGACCAUCUCAGACGUCCCCCCAGUAUAGUCGCCCCUCUAUGAUUUAACUGAACUGUAUCCCCCCCCAUAAUUUUGCUCUUACAUUCCCCCUAGGCUGGUGCAUUCCACGUGUGCGUCCAUUUUAUGUCUUUUGCCUCUUAUAAUGUUGGGGGGGGGGGGGGUAGCAAGUGAUGAAGAUAAGGGCACGCCCGCCUCGCAGUUUCCUUAGGGUUCCUCUCACUGGCAUGUCCACCUUCAUCUACUGUGGGAGGUCUAACCUCUCUCGCCCCUCACAUCCCCAGAUCCCACCCAUGUACACCAUUCAUCUUUCAGACAUACAAUGAUCCUUCCUGCCUGCAGCAGCCACUAGGGGGAGCUCACUGUAUACUGUUUUACUAUGGAGCUCAAUGUAUAAACUGUAUGCAGUGAGCUCCCCCUAGUGGUGGUCACAGGCAGACAGAAUUUUAUCAUUAGUUUAAGAGAAAACUAAGCUCCGACUAACACACCGCGUUAAAACUCAAAGUUCCCAAGUCCCCUGUGCGAGUGGAGCAGCACCUCUCCAUUGACUCCUAUGGGACUGCUGGAGAUAGCUGAGCGCUGCACUUGGCAGUCCUACAGGAUUUAAUGGGCGAAGUGGUCUCUACUGGGACCCCAGUUCUACUGAUCACAGUGUUCCCACCAUUGAUUAUACUGAUAGGAGAACCCCUUUAAGGAAACUCUAGCCAUGAGUCGAGUUGCUUCUUCAAGGGGUAUUCGUGCCUGAAGCAUUUCUCACCUAUCCAGUGGAGUCCCCCUUUAAGCCCGGGAGGUCUAGGCAGGUCCGCUCACUUAUAGAUGCCAGUAAGUGUUAUUUAUUUCUGGGCCUGAGCACAGUAGAUGUGGAUAAAAAAAUUAAAUAUCUGGUGUAUUCUUAACUUCAUACCUGUUCCCUACACACAGUAGAGGCGGCCAUCUUUUAAAGGGGUUAUCCCGUGUUUAAUGUAAAAAAAUGUAAAUCCAAUAUCACAUAGUAACAAACUUAGAACCAGCCCUGUACCUCACAUAGAUCCAUUAAUUUCUGAAAUUGCUCUUUUACAUUUAUUUCAAGCUGUCAGUUCAAGGUGUGUCCUUUCUGCUGCAGCUCACGGGUUGGGGCCGUCCUCAGGGGGAGCGUGCAGCGUUUUUGCAGCAGCUGGUAACAUUUGAAGGAUGGAACUGAGCAUGUGCGUCCACCUUAGUGAGCUGGACAAAGAAUUUAGAAAAUGAGCAACCAGCAGGUGGCGCUAUACAGAUAGAUUUCAGUGAAUAACUCAGCGGGUAUGCAAAAUUUUUAAUGACAUGCAAUUACAAAAGUGUUCAGAUCCAGGUGCUGGUUUGAAAUAUGUAGAAUAUUUUUUUAUAGGUCAAACCCCUUUAAGCUAGUCCAUUAUUUACGUGCAUUGUGAUGGCUAGCUUAUGACAAAAUGGCCGCCUCCUGUGCGCACAACAGGCCAGUGAUGGAGACUUCGCUUUUUCUUGCACCCAGGAGGUUGAUAUACUGUAUAUAAUGUCAUGUGCUCCGCUUUCUAUACAUAUAUGUAUUUAAUGACCUGUAUAUAUAUCUAUCAUUGUGCGUGAGAUUGCGCGUCCGUCCAGGAGCGAGGACUGGGCGUGGACCUUGUUACACUGGAGGCACGUUGGUCGCCCGUGGCAGUGACCGACGUCUUUUAACGACUUGUGUUUUUUUUUUUUCGUCUGGACAUUUUAGUUUCUUAAUAAUAAGGCGGGAGCGGUGCCAGCCGCGGAGCUCGAGGACGCCCAAACAGCCAUGUUCUAAUGUCGCGCAUGCCGCCUGCCAGCACAGGACUGCAACAUGUACGUGACUGGAAAAUAAAGUGUUAAAACUUUCA